CGGGUAUUCUGGAGAGGUGGGCGUUCGAGAUGGAGCCAAACAAGGACGUGAAUGCCUGGCCGGAGAUAGUCGCGAUCGUUCGGCUAGGGGAUCUGUCUGGUCGAUAUGGACGUUAACCCGAUGGAAAUGAGCACAAGAAAGUGGUUUCUGGAUGCACUGUGGGUGCUCCAUGACUGUGGGUUCGUCACUUGUGACGAUGCCUGGCUCUUGGAGAGGGAGCUUAAGAAAUAUGCGUUCAGUUCCAUGGAUUUGUAUUUGGAGGCUGGAGCUUGCAAGCUGUUCAAAUCCGAGCAUUGCUCGUAGGAACACACGUAAAAUUAGAGCAUUAACAAAUGCUUGGAAUCAACCCGGACUGGAGGUACAAUUUGCCACGAUCGCGUCCAACGAAUGCUUCCCCACAACGUCCGUACGAGUUUGCGGUGCUAUCGGGAACCCGCCAGGUCGCGGUCAUGUGUCGCCUCUUUUAUAUAGUGUCCACGUCCGGAAAUAAAAUCGCUCAGGAACUAGCCGAGAAAGGGAGGGGAAUCGAAAACACGAGAUCCGUAGUACCUACUGCUGAACGUUUUUCUACUGAUUGGGUAAUUCAUUCGUAGAUUUUCAUAUCUUGUGUCUCAUACUUGCGGAUGUACAACGGGGAAUUAGCUGUUCUGAUCUCUAUGACUAGGUUCGUCCUGAAUGUGAAUAAUCCCAUCUAAC